GAAGGAUUCCCUCAAGUUCAUUGGUCCGGUCAAGAGGCUAACAACAAUAUUUUAAUCAUGGAUCUUCUUGGAGCUAACUUAGAUCAACUGCUACAAAAGGAGUCGGGCAAGUUUAGCUUGAAGACCGUGAUACAGCUGGCAGAUCAGAUGAUAUGCAGGAUAAAGUUUGUUCACGACAACGGCUAUUUACAUCGUGAUAUCAAGCCUGAGAACUUUCUGAUGGGUAGACGUGACAACGCCCGCAAGGUAGGCUUAACCCUUUAAGGCCCUGGGGCCCGUUUCUCGAAAGUCCCGAUAAUUAACGGGCCCGGUAAGCUGUCUCCGUUCACAUUAAAGAUCGAGGUUUCAGUAGUUUUGCAUCCAGCACGAUAAAACUGUCAGUUAAUGAAACAAAAUGGAGUAGUUUGCUAGCCAGGACCCGCGCUCUUAUUCUUUAUAUUUCGAUUUGAAUAUUUGAUUUCGGGCCCGUAAAGUUACCGGGACUUUCGAGAAACGGGCCCCUGUUUACAAGGAGGGAGGGUAACCCUGGUGCAACGGUUUCCCUGGCAAGAGGGUUAGCCUAGCACUCUCACAAUUCUUCUUUUUCUUUUACACGACGUGUUCACAAGGCAGGUAGGGUUACCCUAGCGCUAGGUUAACCCUACCUGAGUGCUAGGGUUACCCUAGCAAGAGGGUUACCCUAACUGCCUUGUAAACGCUCCGCCAGGGAUAACUCGCCUACCCGGGAGAACUUUCCUCCGUUAUAUGUGACCACUAAUCUUGACAAUUUGAAGGAAUUAUCCAAUUUCUGAGCUAGAUUAUAUAUAAACAUCGGAACAAUAUAAGGUAUUUUCUGUAUAUAAUCAUAAUAUUUUCCCGUUUUUUCGCGAACUUAACGUCUUUUCCAUAGAGAACUUUAAGUUUUAUUUCACAUCUUGGACGUUACACUGAAUGUCACGCAAACAAACACGUCAAUAAAGCUGGUAAAGUUGACCCGGGUGAUAGGGUAAACCUACCUGUGAAAUUUGCUUGUAAACCAGAGCUAACUUUAACCCGCUUGCUAGGUUAAUCCUAGCACAAGGGUAACCCUGUCUCCUUGUAAACAGUGACCAACUUCAAUUUUCUCCUAAUGAUAUCCAUACAUUGUCAAGAAAUUAGGUUAUGAGAAUUAAUAAAAUGAUCACCCAAGAGAAAAUGUUUCGAUCUUUUAUCAAAUUCUCUCAACCCAUUCUUUAAGGAAAUAUAUAGAGAUCAGUUUGAAGAAUUUGUAUGUGUAUAUUGGGGCUUAAAGGGUUAAUGACUUUUUUACAUGUUUGACACUAAGGGAUAUACAUAGUUUGUAAUGGUUUCAAAUCUAAGUCUGUGUUCACACUCUGAUCGAUAGCUUUUUGCGCCGGCGCGAAAACCGUACCAGAUAAGGCUUCCGUUCACACAUAAAAACGGUGAUUUUGGCGCGAAUUUCUGUGACGGAGCGAGGCUACGCCGCGCCUAUCUCUAAGGUGGAAAAUCACAUAUCGGAUAGAUGUUCAUACUAUGCUGGGUAGCUUUUUGUGUCCGCACGAAGCAAACGAAAAACAAUGGCAAUUUUUUUUUCGUUUUAAUAGCUAUUUGAGCGCAGGGUAAGCGUUGAUAAAUUUUUCAGUCAUUGAUCGCGCGUUGUUUUGGAAUAUAUCUUUGAUUGCCAAUUUGAGCCACUUAAAUGGGCUACAUUUUGUGAAAGUGUCGUGGCGAAAAACAAAAUAAUCACUCUUACAGAAACGGUCUCAGAGAAAACCUCUUGGAAUCACGUUGUAAGCAAGGCAGAGUCCAAGACACCGAGCUGGCUUGCUUAUUAAGUCAACCAUAACGCCACACUAUUUGGUGACAAAAAGGAAAAAUUGUAGGCAUGUACGGCAUGUUUUGAGCUUGAAAAUAUUUUAAAUGAAUGCUACAACAAUAAUUCGAAAGUCACAAACGCACACGGUCACCAAGAAACUUCGGUUUUUAUGUUCACAAUGUGCUCCAUUUGUUGAUGUUACUGGAAGUAACUCCAAUAAGCAUGGCAGAUCUGAGGAACUGGGUUAGUCACAUUGCACCUGUAGGAGUUCUCAAAUUAAUAGUCACUGCAAAAAGGUGGGCGAUAUUUUUCAUUUCAAAUAUUAAUACUGUACACUAUUUCUCUGAACUGGCUGAGUCACUUUAUUCGUGGGAUUGAGUCAGAGAAGCUUUAAGUUAGUGGGAGUUAAAUUAUGUCAUUGAAGGACUGAAGCACGCAAAUAAGAUGGCGGCAGCGAAGUCGAAAAUACGGCACUCUUUUAUUUACUGUAUGAGUUGAGUGUGAUAGAACUGUACGUGCUUAAAGCAUGAGUUGUAAAACUAGCUGUUCAGUCAGUCAGUCAGUCAGUUUUUUCUGCAAAGAAGGAGUACAAAUUAAAGAUCUACAUUCUUGGAAAAUGAAAUACUUAAUGAUAAGAGCAAAAAGUUUUAAUUCUUUCGCAAAUGGGUUCGUGAGUUAUUGAGGGUGAAAUUAUUUCAAAGAAACGAAUGACCUGAGGGGAAAUUAGUUGCUUUCAGUUGUCAUUAGCGUAAGAUCCAUGGAUAGGAGUUAUCAAGUUAAUUCAAGUCAUUAAGAGAAAAAAGCGUGUGGGUUCAAAGAGGUAAUUGCGUGGUGUUAUUAGUGUUUCGUUUUCAACAUGUUUAUAUUCAAUUAUUUUUCUUUUAUACACCCUGUCGUCUUGGCUGUAUCCAUUAAAACAUGUCCUUUUUUGCACGUACGUCGAGUUACCUCUUUAAAUACAAUUUUUAUUUAGUAAAAUGUUCUUUCAGCAUUGACCGAGUACAAUGCUUCCAUUAGUAAAGGGGCGUACUUGACAGAAAUGGUUUACAGUGUAUCCGUACAUUUCCUUACGAUCUGAUUAGCGUGCAGAAUUAAAUUUUCUUUUCUUUUCAGUACCUGUUGUUUAAGAAUGAACAAAAAGCAUUACGCUAAGCCCUUCAUAAGUUCCUGAGUCAUCUAUGGUUAGAGAUGGCCCCUUGUUUUAUGACAGCUGAGCUCUUUGUCUGUUUUUACCGAGUUUUUUGCUUUAAUUAGUUAUAUAUAACUUCUAUCUUUUUCAACUGAAAAAACUUGGUGACAAUUAAACUACAAAGUUUUGCCGAAAAGAUCACGUGGGUGCAGAGCUUUUUUUUCUUUCUUUUUUUUCUUCUUGUUUUUUUUUUAUUUUUUGCAACUCUCUUUGAAUUAUCAAAAUUAUUUAUGAUUUUUCAGGUUUACUUGAUUGAUUUUGGUCUCGCAAAGAAGUACAGGGAUAAGCGUGUUCGACACAUUCCUUUGAGGCAAAAAGAGAGUUGCGAACUCACAGGCACCGCUCGGUACGCUAGUUUGAAUGCCCAUAAGGGGAUGGAGCUGAGUCGGAGGGACGANUUUUUUGCAACUCUCUUUGAAUUAUCAAAAUUAUUUAUGAUUUUUCAGGUUUACUUGAUUGAUUUUGGUCUCGCAAAGAAGUACAGGGAUAAGCGUGUUCGACACAUUCCUUUGAGGCAAAAAGAGAGUUGCGAACUCACAGGCACCGCUCGGUACGCUAGUUUGAAUGCCCAUAAGGGGAUGGAGCUGAGUCGGAGGGACGAUUUAGAGUCCAUUGGCUUUGUCCUUCUUUAUUUCCUCAAAGGGACCUUACCUUGGCAAGGACUUCAAGCUCGCAGCGACCAGGAGAGAUUCAAGUUAAUAACUGAGAAAAAGCUUUCGUUUUCGGCAGAAAGGCUUUGUCAUAAGUUGCCUGACGCUUUCAAAGAUUAUCUUAACUAUUGCAGAGGAUUAAAAUUCGAAGAAGAACCGGAUUACGAAUAUUUGAGAGAUCUCUUUCAACAGCUGGCGUCGAAAUUAAAAAUUGAAUUAGAUGGACGAUUUGACUGGAGUCCAAAUCCGACCAAAAUAAGUCGAACAUGUAAAAAUAACGAACAGAAAGAACUCGAAUAG